CGCUUUUCCUGCCAACAUGGCGGUGUAAACGCAACGAGUGACGUGACGUCCGGAGUUCUUUUCAGAGUCGAGAAUUUGGUAUGACCAAAUUUCCUGUAACAAUGUUUAUGUUCCUGUAGCUUUAAGCUAAGCUAAGGAUAUUUUUUUCCUGUCGCAACCCACAAUCAGGGACGACAAAAAUACGCUGCAUGAUAUGUAUAUGGAUAGUAAAACGGCACAGCACUUAAACUGCUAAACUAUUUCGCGUGUGUUUUAUUCUAUGGAACCGUAUUUUGACAUCGGUAUUGGUACGGAAAUAAAAAUGCCUUGUCAAAAGCAGCAACUCAACAACAAUGACAGUCAAGAGCAUGCGGCAGUGAGUGGCACCAAGCAGGUUCGAUUUGCUACCUGCAGCAACAACGUCCUUCCAGUCUCAAAUAGAGAUGCAGAGGUCCCUGGAACUUGUGAAAAUGUCUUGACCAAAGAACUACAGGCCCAGAUUGGACCCCAAUUAAAGUUACUUCCUUUGAAUGACCAAAUACGAGAAUUACAGACCAUCAUUAGAGACAAGUCUACAAGCAGGGGAGAUUUUGUAUUUUGUGCAGAUAGAUUGAUUAGAUUAGUGGUAGAAGAGGGACUCAAUCAGCUGCCGUACAGUGAGUGUACAGUGACCACUCCCACAGGUCAUAAAUAUGAUGGCGUAAAGUUUGAAAAAGGCAACUGCGGUGUCAGCAUAAUGAGAAGCGGCGAGGCCAUGGAGCAGGGCCUCAGAGACUGCUGCCGGUCCAUCCGUAUUGGUAAGAUCCUCAUCCAGAGUGACGAGGACACCCAAAAGGCCAAAGUCUACUAUGCCAAGUUUCCUCCAGACAUCAGCAGACGGAAAGUCCUGCUGAUGUACCCAAUUCUCAGUACAGGUAACACUGUGAUUGAGGCUGUGAGAGUGCUGACUGAACAUGGUCUCCAGCCCAAACACAUCAUCCUUCUGAGCCUCUUUUCCACCCCUCACGGUGCCAAGUCCAUUAUCCAGGAGUUCCCAGAGAUCACCAUACUCACCACCGAGACGCACCCUGUGGCUCCCACACACUUUGGCCAGAGGUACUUCGGGACAGACUAGUCAACCCUCCAGGGCAAUUUCGUUGGGGAAUCCAGAGUGUUCUCCCUCUGUCUGAUGUCAGUUUGUUCACUCUGCUGAAGAAUCCUGCUGUGUGUGCCGCCUUAACCUGUGCUUCUCAGUCUGAUACAAAUGAUGCAAAGAUUCUUUAAAAGGAACGCAAAAGCACAUUCCAUGCAGGUGGUUCAAGAAUUGGGCUAAAUUGCAUGUUACUGAAUUUUAUUCAUUCAAUUAUGGUAGUUCAUUGUAGGAUAUUUUUCCUCAUCAGAAUGUCUUUUUUUGUUAGAUUCUCCGGAACAUCCAUGUGUGUAGCCAUUUUUAAAACCAGAUGCAAAAGCAAUUCUAUUUCCAACCAAUGAGCUUCAGCCCUUUGCCAUGUGAGUAACAUUUAGCAAGGUGCACAUUGAAAAGUUGCACAGUGAUGUGAGAGCUGGUCCAGGCCUGCCUGGCGUUAUCCAUUGAGGUUGCAAGGCAGGCCCAAUGACUCAGUGGUACAGCAGAGAGCACUAACAUAUCUGCACAGAAGGCUACAUAUUAUGCAACCUUUUGGGGAUCCAUUUUGGCUCCGGCGUAACAUUCUGAACUAUUAGCCAAAAAACACUCAAGUUCCAGGAGCACAUUAUUGCCACAAGUUUAGUAUGUUAGUAACACAAACGAAACAAAUUACUCAAGGUACUCUUACAAGAUUGUGAGUUACUACAUUUCAUUAAGUUAACUAUUCUGACAUUUCAGGGGGGCUUUUCAUAUCGUUGUGAAGUCAAGGAGAAUGGGUUGGUCUGCAUAACUGGGUGUUUUGCUGAACUUUCAGAUCCCAUCUUCCAACAUUUGAGUGGUAGACCUGUGGUAUAUUGCUCACACUUUGUAUAUUGGCAAUAUUUACCUGGAUUCCUUACCAUACACCUAUAUAUGUCACUACUUGAAGUGAAGGAAAAUGGAGGACCAUAUAGUGUAUUUGCAUAACAAAUUAAAGAUGCAGUCUAUUAUUUUUAAAACUCCCUUUUUAGGCCUAAUAUGUUGUUUGUAUGUGCAUAAUCUAUAAGUAGGCUAGAGUCACUAUCUUAUCUCAGUUAACCAUGAACUUCCAUGUUUAAAAGUGAAUGGCUUUGAUGACAUACAGCACAAAUUGGUGAAUACAUGACAUGGUACAUCAUUUUCAGGGAUCAUUUUUGGCUUGACAGUGCCCCUUUUACAACCAGCCAAAUAUCAUGGAAUAUAUCUUUAACAGAACAGUAACAUCAUUUUGAACAUUUUCAAAACUUUUAAAUGGAAUUCUGAGAAAUAUUAUCUCAGGUUAUUAAAAAAAAGUCUGUCUUUCUGAUUGACUGAAUUACAUACCACUUUAUUAGUUCCACAUAUCAAGGGUUCGGUAGAACUCCCCUUUCCCUACAUCCUCUUUUUUCAGCUUGAACAAGUCCGGCCAUUCUCCAUUGACCUCUCACAGGAAGUUUUCAUUCUCUAUAAAGACGCUGGUCUGUGAAAAUCCCUGAAGGUGAGCUGUUUCUGAGAUGCUGGAACCAGCUUGUCUAGCACUAAUAAUUACCCACCGCAGUCAGUUGUUUUCAUCCAAAUGUUGACAAUUAUAUUGAAGUAUUCUAAAAUAUGUGUAAAGAAAACAUGGACAUUAUUGCACUUCUGGUGUUUCCACCAAAUUGACAUUUUGUUCCACAAAUGCCACAGAAUCAUGGUCCCAAUAAAACAUUUCACAUCAUGUUUAUAUAUUUGAGUUGCAUGCGCCAUAUCUAACAUUUUUGUUAUUGCCUUGGAUUGAAAUUGAUAUACACAAAUAAAACAGUGAUGAAUGAAUUACAUU